UGGUUGGGGCCGGUGGUAAAAAUUACGGGGCCCCGGAAUUCCAACGGUUUGUGCCUGAGCCCUGGAAUGCACGGCCACGGGAAAGAAAAAGGUGUCGUGUGCGUGGAGUGCGGGGCUGGCGGAGGGUGAGGUGAAUGUGCCGUUGUGAAACGGAAGGCCGGCCAGCGCUUCCUCUCGCCCCACACGAGACCCUCCCGCGGGCCCCCGCGGCCGCGCGUGGACUGUCCGGAGAGAACAUGGCGGCCCCCAGAGCCCGGGGCUGCAGCCUCGCGGGCCUGCUGCCGGCGCAGACCUCGCUGGAGUACGCCCUGCUCGACGCCGUCACGCAGGAGGAGAAGGACAGCCUGGUCUACCAGUAUCUGCAGAAGGUGGACGGCUGGGAGCAGGACUUGUCAGUGCCCGAGUUUCCGGAAGGAUUAGAAUGGCUGAACACAGAAGAGCCUCUUUCUGUCUACAAGGAUCUGUGCGGAAAAGUAGUCAUCCUUGAUUUCUUCACCUACUGCUGCAUAAACUGUAUUCACCUGUUGCCUGAUCUUCAUACAUUAGAACACACAUACUCUGAUGAAGAUGGUCUUCUGAUUGUUGGUGUUCACUCAGCUAAGUUUCCAAAUGAAAAAGUCCUGGAUAACAUUAAGAGCGCUGUUCUUCGAUACAACAUCACUCACCCUGUGGUUAAUGAUGCAGAUGCCAGUCUUUGGCAAGAACUAGAAGUUUCCUGCUGGCCAACUCUGGUCAUACUUGGACCCCGUGGAAAUAUGUUGUUUUCUUUGAUCGGAGAGGGACACAAAGAUAAAUUAUUUUUAUAUACUUCCAUAGCUUUAAAGUAUUAUAAAGACAGGGGACAGAUCAGAGAUAAUAAAAUUGAAAUAAAACUCUAUAAAGAUUCGUUGCCAGCUUCACCAUUGCUGUUUCCUGGCAAAGUAACAGUGGACCAAGUUUCUAAUAGAUUGGUAAUAGCAGACACUGGACAUCAUAGAAUUUUGGUCGUCUGGAAGAAUGGACAAAUUCAGUACAGCAUUGGAGGACCCAACCCUGGAAGAAAAGAUGGAAUAUUUUCAGAGUCAACUUUUAACUCACCACAGGGUGUAGCUAUAAGGAAUAAUAUCAUAUACGUAGCAGAUACUGAAAACCACCUUAUAAGAAAGAUUGAUCUAGAAGCUGAGAGGGUGAGCACUGUAGCCGGCAUUGGAAUUCAAGGUACAGAUAAAGAAGGUGGAGCUCCAGGAGAAGAACAACCCAUUAGUUCCCCUUGGGAUGUAGUUUUUGGAAUGUCAGGUUCAGAGGUCCGAGGAGAUGACAUUCUAUGGAUAGCCAUGGCGGGGACUCAUCAGAUAUGGGCACUGCUCCUGGACUGUGGCAGACUACCAAAGAAAAAUGAGCUGAAAAAAGGAACCUGCCUUCGGUUUGCUGGAAGUGGAAAUGAAGAGAACCGAAAUAACGCAUAUCCUCACAAGGCAGGCUUUGCCCAGCCUUCAGGUCUUUCUCUGGCUCCCGAAGAUCCCUGGAGCUGCCUGUUUGUCGCAGACAGUGAGAGCAGUACAGUGAGAACCGUGUCACUGAAAGACGGAGCAGUGAAACACCUUGUAGGAGGAGAAAGAGAUCCCAUGAAUUUAUUUGCUUUUGGUGAUGUUGAUGGAGUAGGAGUCAAUGCCAGGCUUCAGCACCCACUUGGAGUAACUUGGGACAAGAAAAGGAAUUUACUUUACGUGGCAGACUCUUAUAAUCACAAGAUUAAAGCUGUGGAUCCGAAAACAAAAAACUGCACAACAUUAGCGGGAACUGGAGAUGCAAGUAAUGUUAUCACUUCCAGCUUUACCGAGUCAACUUUUAAUGAACCAGGAGGCUUGUGUGUUGGAGAGAAUGGCCAGUUAUUAUAUGUAGCAGACACCAAUAAUCAUCAAAUUAAAGUGAUGGAUUUAGAAACAAAAACGAUUUCUGUGCUCCCAGUCUUCAGACCUGACAACGCUGUGGUAGAUGGCCCAUUCCUAGUAGAGAAACAGAAGACAUUACCCAAACUACCUAAAUCUGCUCCAAACAUUAGACUUUCCCCAGUGGCUGCCUCUCCAGGCCAGACUCUCCAGUUCAAGCUAAGAUUAGACCUCCCAUCAGGAACAAAGCUGACUGAAGGAGUACCCAGUUGUUGGUUUCUAACAGCUGAAGGCAACGAAUGGCUUCUUCAAGGACAGAUACCCUCUGGAGAAAUAGAGAGCAUUUCCAGUCAACCAGCAAUCUCACUGCAGAUUCCUGGAGAUUGCUUAUCACUUGAAGCUGUUAUAUCUAUCAGCGUGUUUCUUUAUUACUGUAGUGCAGACAGCAGUGCCUGUAUGAUGAAGGGAAUUUUGUUCAGUCAGCCUUUACAGAUAACCAGUACACACCAAGAGUGCACAGCUCCAGUAGAGCUCAAGUAUGUAUUUUAGCAGAAGCCAGUUAGCUACCCAGUCACCACAGCCGCUGUCCACCAUCCUCCUCGUCACUAUAACUUAGGAAAGGCCGCUUCAUUUCUGCCUCUGGAUACCAAGAAACCUACCACUCAGUUCUAGUGACUGAUAUUAAAAUAAGUAAAUAUGGAGUGUGGCUUUAUUAUAAACAAAUAACUUCAUUCUGGCUGUGUACCAGCUAAAUCACUGACCAUCAUUUGAACCAUGAUUUUGUAAUCUCUGCUGCUAUUUGACACAAAACUUAAAUCCACAUUGUAGUCUAGAAUACUAUCAUGAAGAUAAUUUGCAAUGAAUGCUGAUAAUAAUAAUGAAACCAAAUAUUUCAACUAACUUUUUCUACUUUUACUAGUAGCAAGGAGCAUAUUUGAAUAUAUAAAUUUCACAGUAACUUUAAACAGAACCUAAGAUCUGGCCCAUAUGUUGGUAUAAGGACACCUGCCAUUUAAGGCCUAAGGUCUGUUUUAAGCCAAAAAACAAAACAAAAAAAAAAGGUCUCUACAUCACAGUAGAAACUUAAAGGGUAUCUGAGUGGUAAAUAAGUUAUUUGUUCUGUGAUUCAGUUAAGAGUGAUUUAAAAGAGAAUUUCUAUUUUUAUUAUAAAUUAUUUGCUAUUUUAACAUACCAUUAUUAAUGCCUUAUAACUCUAUACAGAAAAAGUAUGUCAAAAGAUGUACAGACUCACUCCCUUAACUUUUUUCUGAAUGAAUAGUCUUAAAGAUAAUGAAUGAGUCCUCAGAGAUUGUCUGUGAUACUAUUUAUGAUAAAGAAUAAAUUGUGACAGCUGAAUUUAAAUGGGUAUAUAUGUUGUCUUAGAGAUUUAAAUUUCACUGUAAGCAUUAAAAUUGGGUUUGGGAUUUUUGAUUCCCAUAUUCAGAACUUAAAUUAUGAUCAUUUAUUGUGAUAUUUUUUAAAUCACUUAUAAGCCUUCAAAGAAAAUUUUAGUGUGAAGCACUUUCAUGCUAUUAAUGUGUAUAUAUAUUUAUUACUCUUUAAAAUAUUAGGGCUGAAAUAUACAGGGAUUUAAUGACACUAGGGUUGUUUUUAACCCAAAAAGAAAUUGUCACUAUAAGAUAGUGAAAAUUAUUUUUAUUAUCAUCAUUUCCCUUUGUAUCUAUUUAAAAAGCCUAUUCUUGUUUUUACUAUAAUUGAUUCAAUAUGUUUAUGAUAUAAUCAGCUUACAGGAUUUUGAAAAUGUCAGGUAAACUGUAUUUAUCCAAUAAAUAUUUAUAGACAAGGUGACAUAAAUAUGCCUUUCCUCCCUUCAAAAACAUAUUGGAAAUGUGAUCUGUUGAGCACCAUCAUCUGCCAUUUUUCUUUUUGAUAUAUAGUUUUGAACACAUUAGCUUUAUUUACUCAGGUUAACUAAACCUCGGAAGUAAGGAAGUAUAUAGUCCUGACUUUAAUUUGUAACCUGCUAAAGCUAUUUUUAAAGAGAUAUGUAAAUGUAAAGUUAAAAUGAAUCUUGUUUAAAAUUAUAUAUAAUUACCUCAUAAGCUUUUUCUUUCCACAAAAAAUAUUCUGUAAUAAAGGGAUGUAUAACAUUAAUACUCCUUUAUGGAGAAUAGGCCGAAGUCAUGUUUUAAUCGCAUUUGAAAUAUUAUACUUCUCAUUUCCAGUUGGACAUGAUUGAUAAUAUUUUCACUCCCUGGGAAAUAAGUAUAUGCAGUUCUAACCUAUUUCAGAAAUACCUGAUAAUUAAUUUUUCAAUAUAAAACACAAAGACACAAAUAGUUAUGUAUUUCUUAGAAUCUAUUAAUAUUCCUUUUGUCUAGACAAUUUUAGGUUAGUAUUAAGCUUAUACUUUUCUUUCAAAGUACAGUUUUCUUGAACAUUGUUAUUCUUACCUAGUCACCAAUUUGCACCAUUUCUUAUGUUGAAAAUAUUAUAUGGAUUUAGUAUGGUUUUUUGUAAAUCCUACUAGAGCUGUAUAAAUAGGUUCCUAGAACUUAUGACUAACAUAAACCUCUUACAUAAGAUGAAGCACUAGAAAGUUUAUUUUUAAAUCUUCUUGAUUCUUGCCUGCCUUCUGUUUUCUAUAAGGACUUCCAUAUUUUUUUAACUUUUUCUUCUCUUGUAUAAAUUAUGUCCAGUGAUAGUUUAGAAAGAGUAAGAUUUUAGUAUAAGUCACCUUAAUCAGAGUGCCAGUAAUAUGGCAUCAUAUACACUUUGAUGUAAUACCUAGAAUCUUUGCCCUACAUUAUUGUGCUGGUUUGUCACUAUUUUUUCCACCACUCUUCGAGAUGUUAUUUCACAAUUGGUAGAACUUUUUUUCCCCUGACUUUAUACUCAGGAUUAGUAUGAUCCCUGAAAAGAAUUUUGCUUAUCUUAAAUAUGCUGCCUCAAGCAAAUAUUUAACCUAUUCACAAGGAAAAACUUUAUAGUUUAAUCACCCAUAAGUGUAACUUUGAUAAAGUUUAACGACUACAAAACAAUUUUCUCCUUAACUGUUCUAAUACUAUAAUAGUUCUAGUAUUAUUAGGCCUGCAGAUAGCUAUAAAUCUUAGCCAAAAAAUUCGUAUGUGUAGAUGAGUGUGUAUGUAUGUGUGUAUGUGUAUACAUACACAGAUAACAAAGAUCAAGAAUUUCCAUCUAAGUUUCUUUUUUCAGCAGUAUACUUUUGAGUUAAUAGUAUCAAAUUAACCUAUCCUUUGCUUGUUUUUCGAUGGUUGGAAGAUUUAGGAAAAUAUUGAAAAUAUGUAUCUAAUAAUUUCCUGCCUACGCAAGAUUUACUAUUAGUUUAUUAUAUCUGCCAAUUAAAAGACUUCAGUCUGACCAUUGUAUUUGGCAUGUUCAAGAACAAUCGUAGUUCACAGUUGCAUAGAAAUAUAUAGAGAGGAACUAUGUCAACAGUGGUUCUCCUGAAUGAUGAAAUAAUAUAUUAAGAUUUUAAUUCUGUGGGUUUUUUUUUUCAGUGAACAAUGUGUUAUUUUCAGAAAGAAAAAAACUGGAAGCAUUUUUUAAAGAUUUAAAAUGAACUGAAUUGUAAGCACUGAUACAACUUUUCUAAAGUCACCUUUAUUACCAAGGAUCAAAAUGUAGUUUGGAACCAUUUAUUCUAUUGGUUCUUUUAAUUAUGUGAUUUGGUGAAGACAGAAAAGAUCAUUACUUUUUCUUGUGUUUUUCCUGCAUAAUGUAGUAUAGUGGUUAAAAGCAUGUGUUUUCCAGGCUCUAGAAUUCUAACCCUAGAGGGCCACUCUACCUGUUUUAUGGGAUUGCCAUAAGGAUUCAAUGAAAUAGUGUGUUUGUAAAAGCAUUUAGUAAUUAUUGAAACUGCUAGUUAUUAGCUUAGUGAAUAAUGACAAUAAAUUAUGACCAUUAACACAUACCUUGACAUUUUCUUUGCAACUGCAAUUUAUAAAGGAAAAUAUUUGUCAACCAACUAUUUGAUAUGUUAAUAAUCUCCAUAGACCUGGGAUUCAAGAAACACAGUUUUAUAAUAAAGUAUACUGCUAUUUUAUAAAUGAUCUUAUAGUUAAAAACAUAGUUUUAUAAAAAUUUUCUUAAACAGACCCAGAACUAUAAGUAAUAAACUUCCUUUGAGAGGGUCCAGACAUACUUACCCUGUAACACACUCUGAUGGUGCUUUAUAAAAUCUUCAAAGUGCCUUCAUGCAUUUUGCCUCAUUUGAGCUUCAAAGUAACCUAUGAAUCAGACAAGUAGAUAUUAUGUCCAUUUUAUAGAUGCAAAAAUGGCUCUAGAAUGUUGGUGAUAUAUCUCAAGUUCUCAGAGUAAUGCCUAAUGCUGGAGUGGGGCCUGGUAGGAGCUAUUGCUUGGCCAAUUUUGUGGGAUGACUAAAAGGUGAAUAGUGACUGAUGUAUCUUAUUUGAAUACAGGUCUCCUAAUUCCUACCUCUAUUCCUAGAUGGAGAGUGAAAACAAACUGCAGCAUUGAGUACUUCUGUGAAUGCUUUCUUCAAUCUCUAGUAUUAAAGUAAUACAAGUAGCUGAAUUUAUUGAGUGCUUAUUUUGUGCCUGGCACUUUUCUAAGUGCUCUGUAUGUAUUAACUCGUGUAAUCCUUACAACAGCAUUCUGAAAGAGGUACUGUUUUUUCUUAUUUCCCUGAUAAUGAAACUGAAACAAAAAAGUUCUAAGCAGUUAUGCCAGUUGACUCAAGAUCUUGCAUUUAGGAAGUAGCCAAGCCUGGCUGAGUCUGUUCGACUACUGUGCUACACUGCCUCUCAAAAGUAGGGUUUUUUUUAGACCUAAACCUUUCAAAGCUGUAUAUAGUAAAUAGUAAUCAAUCCAAAGAAUCAAAAAAUUAUUGUUUUUGAAAUUUAAGUUAAAUCCAUUUGACUCUAUAAGCUCUUUGGACUUUUCCUAUAUAAUCUUCUUCAUGGCUUGGGAACACUCUGUAUACUUUUGUUUCCCAAAAGAUUUUAUGUACCAUUCUUUCUUAAAUUCAGAUAUUAUCCAGAUGUAUUUUUCUUGGCAGACAGAUGUAUUAAUUAAGCAGAUUUUCAGUGUUAGUUCCAGCAAUGCUAUUUUAAUUGGUCUUCAAACAGUAAUUAUAAGACCUUGUCAUAAAAAAUAACUUGAGUUCUUAGCACAGGGCUGUCUCAAUCCCUAAAAAUCUUCAUAUUUAAGAACAUUUUGUUUUAAUAACCAAAAUGAGUUCCAGAAGCAUAAUAUUUGGCCAACCUGUUAACAUACAUAAAGCACAUAAAGUCCCCUGCUUACUUGUUUUAUAAAUGACACUGGCAUGCACCCCCCCCCCAACCGGCCCGUGACUCAAAUAGAUGUAAUUCUGUUACAGUAAAGUAUUCACCAGGUAACCUAUUCUAGUGUUAGUUACUGAAAGGAAUAGAGUAUAAUUUUACAUACCGCUGUGAUUCAUGAUCAUCCUGGAACAAGAUUAUAAAUAUCUUUUCAUUAGAUAAUUUACUAAUUUAAAUUAGAAUUUGUUAAUUAUUAUAAAAUCCCAUUCCUGAAAUCGAUAAGGAAAUGUACAACUUAAAAGGUAAUUAUUGCAUCAUACUUUAGAAGUAGAAUUCACUGUUAAUCACCAAAAUUUCCUCUUAUUUGUCCUGGGGCACAUGCAUAGUUUUAUUUAAAUGAAUUUAAAUAGUUUUGGGUUUUUUUUUAAAAGAUUUUAUUUAUUUAUUCUUGAGAGACACACAGAGAAAGGCAGAGACACAGGCAGAGGGAGAAGCAGGCUCCAUGCGGGGAGCUCAAUGUGGGGCCCGACCCCAAGUCUCCAGGAUCAAGCCCGGGGCCGAAGGUGGCAUUAAACCGCUGAGCCACCGGGGCUGCCCCGAAUUUAAAUAGUUUUAUGAAUUCACACUAACCAAAAGUCACUAUUGUGUCCUGAAUAAUUACAAAUUUAUUUUCCCCAUUUCCUUGCAGCAGGAUAACUUAAAGAAUAAAAUUACACAUUAGGGGCUUACUGAUUUGCCUAUAUGUGUUCCAUGACCAGCAGACCUUGGCCCUUCUGCAUAGUAGACCUGCAGUUUCCACUGGAUGCUUCUGGCCUCUCAACAGCCAGUCUGACCACAGAGGGCCUGGGCAUGGUAGGCCAGACAGCAGCUUUUCUGAUUUCAACCUUUCUAUUUCUUUAUGUGCUGAUUUGGUUUAAUUAUUUUCAAAGGUUAGAGCUGGAAAGAGAACUCUGUCUUCUAGCUGUGGAAUGUUUGCCUAGGGUUCUCCACUGUUUGGUAUGUCCUUUUUUGAGGCAUGUCGCUCUCAAGUACACCAAGGGACGUUUAGCUGUGUUGAAAGCUCCCAACCAAAAGGAAAUAUUUGCAAAUAUGCCUCCCUGCCUGUACCAGCAACUGUAUACUAAAAAACACUACAGAACCGUAUACUCAGGCCUUUUUGUGACUGUCAGAGUACAGUAUGAACUCCUUCCUCUUUUAGUAGCAACUGACAGACCUGGUGUUUUUCAGUAAUUAGAGUGAAGAAAAAUAUGUUAAUGUUGAAAACUUGAGACUAUGAAGUAUGUGGACAAUUUAUUGCCUUCGGUUUUAAUAUACUUGGUUACAUACAUUUGAAAUAAAGUGAAAUGAGACUUCAUAAUGCUGAGAAGUAGAAAAAAAAAUCAGCCGUCAGAUUUAAAUAUGCCCUGUAUAAACAGCCCUAUGAUUCUUUAUCUAGUGUGCUGUGCUCGUGAGAACUAGAUCCUCAAGUAUACAGGGCAAAACAUUAGUUGAUUAAUUAUGGUAAUGAAGGAUAAAAAUAGGCAUGUUCCUUUCUGAAAAUGUAGAAGGACUCAGCCAUGUAACAAUCUUCUAUCAUUAGAAUUCGCGGUCAUUAUUCUUAAUCCCACCAGAAUUACAAUCAUGCUGUGGAGCAUGUACAGGAUGGCUGCCUGCUUUGUUCAGUACACAGUAAAAAACGAACACGUUUUUGCUUGUAUAGAGUUGACAUGUAUUAUUCAUGCAUGCCUGUGAUACUCAUCACCCAGAUUUACCUGUAAAACAUAUACUACCACUUCCUUUCCACACCUUAGGCUUCCCUCUCUUUAAAAACAAUAGUAGUUUCUGUAGGAGUUUCAGUGAGGAGCUAUGGUUUCACAAAUAACAGAGCAGCAUGGUUUUGUUGAAGUAAAUUUUUUUUUCUAGAAUUCCUAAUAAUAUAUUAGUUUCUGGAGGAGAACAGUACCCUAUAUGAUUUAAAGAUUAAUUUCUAAUUUGCAAUACACCUAAUAUUUUACAUAGGCUAAUAUUUUUUAAAAGUUUGCAAUUCUCACUGUUAGGGUACAUUGAGAACCAACUUAGAAAUGUUUGCAUUGCUGUCAUUACAUUUGAUUUGUGGAUAAAUCAAAAGUUUGCUGUGUAUUUGAGAUCUAUAUGUUUAAUACACUCUCAAAUUGUAAUAUUUCAUAAAUUUGUCAAAUUUUAGAGACUCAGACUCUCCCAUCUUUUGUGUGGAUAAAGUUCAGGUUUUACUUUUGAGAAUAGAGUGGGUCUGCUGUGCUGACUUUAUAUCUGUCAUUCCAAAGGUUUGAUUAUAUAUUUUUCUCCAAAGAUAAAAGCAAUGAAAUCCCAUUGACAAUUUCAUACAUUGGUAUUUCCAUUCAUGCUCUAAUUCUAAAAAUCAACGUGGUCUGCAUUUUUCAAGUGUUUCAUGUAGGCGGAUUAAUAUUUGUUUUUACAACAUUGUAUUUCUACAUACAUUUGAAGACAUUUUUAGUGAUCUUUUCGAGUGCAUGUGUUAAUAGAAGAUCAUUUAGAAAGAAUGUGUGCACUGGCCUUCAUUAACUACUCAAAAGAAGUGUAAUACAUGUGAUUAUAAAAGCAAGAAUGUAUUUAUACUGUACGCUAAUGCCUAAUGCCUCUUUUCUAAAACUUUGCACAUUUUUUCAUGAAAUAGAUUAAAUAUUUUCUCUCUAAAGCCAUA